CAGCUGAAGUGCGGUUAAGCUAAGGAAAACAUGGAGCCAGUAUUAGGAACUUUUGGACACGAAGGCUGGGAAAAUGAUGAUGGAUUCGACGAAUCGAAGCUUCCAUCGUCUGGUUAUGAAUAUCUCCGAAGAGUUCAGUUAGAAGCUAUGCAGUGCCCUGAUGUUGUAGUGGCCAGUUUUGACACCAACAGCUUCCAAAGCAAGCAGACUGUUCAUGUUAAUGAGAGAUCUGGUUGGUCACCAGCUCCAGCUGGAUUUGCCCCCUCUACUGAUUGGCAGAUGGAACAAGCUGCAGAUUUUGCCGAAAUCAGACAAAAACUUGUUUAUCAUCGAUCAAAGCUUGGAAAAGAGAAUUCCACAAAGUUAACAUUGCCAAAGAAAUCUGAUUCUAUGGGAUGGUGCCGCUUUUGUCUUGGAGAACAAACUACUAUGAAAAUAUUUGGCAGAAAAGAUAACAAGAAAAGUGUUAAGGAUGAAGAUUUGUUGGAAAGUAGUGAUUCGCAAGGCACCGAUCAGGACGGGACACCUCCUUUAUUGAGUGUUGUUCUUCAAAUUAAUCAAGCCACUUUGCUGCAAGUUUUAGAAUUCCACGUUGAAUGGCUGGAAGAAAUCGGAUUUUCUCAUGACCAGGGGAAGUGGUUUUAUGCUCUUCUUGUUUGUCUGGAGAAGCCACUUUUACCAGAAACCACUUCACUACUUCGCACUCUCGCCAGACUCUGCGCAACCCUGAGAGCAUCGUUGGUAUGUACUUAUGAUCUGUUAAAAUUCAAAGGAGUCACCUUAUCAUCCAUUGGUAACGCCACUGAAUCUAAUGAUCACACUUGUCUCAAGGUACUUUGGUCAGAGUGACCUAGCAGAUCCCGGGUAACUUUACUCCUCCGAUUUAAAACACAACAAGACUUCCAAGGAGAAAUUUCAUUUAGGGAGCUGAGUAAAGGAAAAGAAUUUGUAAACGGUUCUCGAAUGUCCCUCCCAAACUGCAGCUGAGAUUCGUACCCUUCUUGCCAUGGUGGUUAUGUUCUUGAACGAUGCAAAUUUCUUGGGUAGCUUUGGCUUGUUCUGUAAAGAAUACCUGACGAUUCCCAUUAAUUGGUGGACGUAUCUAAACCUGAAUUAGUACGUCUAGAUUUGCGCAUAACGAUGGAGGAACGAACUCGCUUAGAUUCCAUGUUGCUGUGCUUCUGUUUAGCAAGAAAUGUAGAUCAUCAGAGACACUUUCGGCUGUAACGAAACAAUUCCUGGUCGAUGCUUCAUGAAAAUUUGGAGCCAUGUUUUGUUAUUUGGAAGAACUGACCAUUUUAGAUUUUAAACACAAAAGGCUAAAUGUCUUGUAAAUCUUCAAUGGCUCAUGUAGUGUCCAAAUUUUAUUUUGAGAAAAGCUCUCUUAGAUUACAAGUUUUGCUGUAACAAUUAAAGAUAUUUAUUUAAAUUUAGAACGAUGAAAAUAUGCAAAAGAAACAUCCCCUAUUGAAAAUAUCGACCAAAGAGCUGAGGAAAAACUGAAACACCUAGGUGAGGUAAAGGAAGACGGGAAAAAAUGUCCUUUUUUGUUUUCACAAUAUUUUCAUACGCCACAGAACAUUAAGAAUAACUCGAAGUUAUGGACAUUAUGACUGACUUGACUUUAAAAAUAAAUAACUUAAAGACAAACCUUUGUUAACUUUGUUUUUUCAAUUAGAUAGAA